AUGGCGCCCGAGUUCUCCAACGCGCCGCUAUGCACGAUCGACAUCGCCGCUCUCAAAGGCACCCGGUUUCUCCUCCCCGACACGCGGCAGCUGGCGUACCGCGAUGCGGCAGGGCGCAUCAACUCGCACUUGCUGCUCGAGUGCGCCAAGCAGGUGAAGCGCGGGGCGGUGACGGUCAGGGAGGACGUGCGCACGAAGCUGGACAAGUGGGUGCGGCACGCAAAGUGGUGGGAGAAGGAGCAGGGCGUGUCCUGGGAGCGCUCGCCGACCGGGGUCUGGGUGUCGUCGGCGGGUGAGCGCCUUGAGGAGACGCGCGAGGCUGCGCUGAUGCGCCAGCGCACCGAGGAGCUCGAGCCCAAGGCGGCCUCGCGAUGCGAGGGCGUCGCCACGCGCAUCCGCGAGAAGUUCAAGCCGCUGCUCGAGGAGGACAGCGCCGGUGGCCCCGGCGGCCAAGGGGACUCGCUUCGUCAGCCUCCGCUGAUGAGCUCCGAGCUCGCGAUGAAGCCUCACCAGCUGAUCGGGCUGUCCUGGCUGCACGGCCUCCACCAGCACGGCACGGGCGGCAUCCUCGCGGACGAGAUGGGGCUCGGCAAGACGGUGCAGACCAUCUCACUGCUCGCGCAGCUGCUCGGCGAGGGCGACGAGGGGCCGCACCUCGUCGUGGCCCCGGUCGCCACCCUCGAGAACUGGAUGCGAGAGUUCGCGAUGUGGUGCCCCGCUCUGCGGGUCGUCAAGUUCCACGGCGACGAGGCGACCAAGGCCGCGGUCCGAAGCAGCUUCUCGCGGCGCAGCGAUGAGGAGCCGCCGCACGUCGUCGCCUUCCUCCAGCGCAAGCUCGGCCGCGUCGGCGCGCGCGGCAAGCUGUCGUACCUGGUCGUGGACGAGGCGCAGAAGCUCAAGAAUGACAAGAGCAACGUGCACCAGAACGUCUCCAAGGUGGAGGCGUGCCACCGGCUGCUGCUCACCGGCACGCCCGUCGAGAACAACCCCGCGGAGCUUCUCACGCUGCUCUCCUUCGUGGCGCCGCGCCUCUUCACCGCCUCGGGCAAGGGAUCGCGCGCCUCCCUCUCCGCCCUCUUCAGCAGCGUCGGCAAGGGCGACGGCGUCGCGUGCGCGCCUAAGGUGGCCAAGGAGGUGCUCAGCGCGCUGCCGCCAAAGACGGAGGAGGUUGCGGUGGUGCGCAUGCCGCCCGCGCAGGGAGCCGCGUACUCGGAGACGGUGGCGCGCAUCGCGGCGCAGCAGCGCGAGACGCUCGAGCGGUGGGCGAGGCGCAAGGCCGCCGACCGCGCGGAGCUCGACGCGGGCUGCGAGGAGGAGGUGGACGGCAGGGACCGGGGAUGGAUCGCCAGCGCCUUCACCGACCUGCGCAAGGCGGCGCAGCACCCGCUGCUGCUGCUCCGCCACUACCGCCCGCUGCUGCCGCGGAUCGCGCACGCGCUCCACUGCGAGGGCGCCUUUGGCGACGAGUGCACCUCCGAGAUGGUGCUCGCCGAGCUGGAGACGUGGUCCGACAUCCAGGUCCACCUCAACUGCAAGGCCUACUCGGCGCUCCGCUCGCUCUGCCUGCCGAGCGCUUCGCUGCUCGGCUCGGCCAAGGCGCAGAAGCUCGCCUCGCUCCUCCCGCCCCUCGAGGGGCACCGCGCGCUCAUCUUCUCGCAGUGGACGCAGACGCUCGACGUCCUCGAGGAGCUGCUGCACAGCCUCGGCAUCGCCUACCGCCGGAUGGACGGCGCCGUCUCGCCGCAGGAGCGGCAGACCAUCGUGGACGACUUCACCGCCGACGUGUCGAUCAGCUGCCUGCUCCUCUCGACGCGCGCGUGCGGCCUCGGCAUCAACCUCACGUCGGCGGACACGGUGAUCCUGCACGACGUGGACUUCAACCCGGCCGUCGACCAGCAGGCGAUGGACCGCGUGCACCGGAUCGGGCAGACGCGGCCCGUGCGCGUGAUUACGCUGGCGACCGAGGGGACGGUCGACGAGAAGGUGCUCGCCAUCGCGUCGAAGAAGGUGCUCAGCCAGCACACGCUGCUGGGCGAGGGAGGGGCGCAGGCGGACGGCGCGAGGGACAGCCACGCGGGGCUGAUGGGCUCCAUCCUCCGCGAGGUGCUGCUCUCUCGCUCGUCCGAAGGGCACCACCCCGGGGAGACGCGAGGCGGGGAGACGCGAGGCGGGGAGCCCGACGGGGGCGAGGCGGCCGCCGUCGGCGAGGCAUCGGCGAUGGAAGCGGAGGAGGAGGUCUCCGUCAAGGCGGUGCUGCGCGAGCUGUCUUCGCGCCUCGGUGUCGACCUCAAGGCGGCGGGCCUCAAGCCGCUCGUGCUUCAGAUCCUCGGCGAGGAGGCGCGUUGA